AUGUCAUCCCUUGACCCAACCGCGCCAUCGCAGCCGACCCAGCAGUCGGGACUCAACCAGGUGUGGAAUCCUGCAUCAAAGACUUCUGCUGAAGAAUCCAUCUCCCACGACACUUCGAACGCAUCAGACAGAACUGUCGAUCGCCGCACCCCCCAUGACGUACCUUCUCAACAUGGUGAAGCAGCGAAGCCAGGUGCUCUAGGGAGUGGGGAGCGCGGCCCGCUCACCGAGAAAUUAAUUCCGGAAUCGGAUGAGCAAAGCUAUGCAAAGGGUGACAGCAACCUGGAGGGCGAGCAGAUGCGGGCGCCUGGCGAGGGCGAUGUGGCCAGGGCGGUGCGCUCAGGCGGUGGCGGCGGACACGGGGAACAGGACAGCUUGACAGAGAACCUGGGGGCGAAAGAGGCCGAACACGAGCGAGAACUGCACAAGCGAGGAGAGCGGACAGGGAAAGAGAUCGAAGAAGAAGAGAAGGAGGACUGGACGGGUCGGAAAGCAGACAUUGCUAGUGCUUUGGGCGACGGGAGGGACAGAUCGCCCAAGGUCGUCCUGGCUCCUGAGGAGUAG